CAGUCCUUAUCUGGUUCACCCUUAACUAUAAGUCUUCACUUACGGCUUUACCAAUCAGUUACCUAGUGAUGGACUAGCGUACGUGGGGAUAAACAAAUAGAAGCGCUUGGGAAGUAGUCAGGCUGUGUGUGCCUAACUCAUCUGCUCGCUUGAGGCUGCCAGCUGCGCAUCGUGCUGCUGUGCCCUGCGGGUCUCUCAGCAAGAACGUCCCUGGUGGAAUAGGCAGGCGCACUGUGUGCUAACCGGGACAGCACCUGCUGAACACUGCUGUGUUUCUUACUGCAAGAAAUGUUACGACCUGCCUAGGUAAACUAACCGAACACUAAAAGACCAAAAUAAAAAGCAAAACCACCCACAAACGAUACUAACUGUCAUGUAGGUUGUAUGGUUGUGAGCUGCAAUCAGCGCAGGUUUUUGGAAAAAGUGAUAAUACUCUUCUGGUUUAAAUUAAUACAGCAAACAUCCUCACAGAAUAUUUGUACAAAUUUCUACUCUGUAUGAUUUUAUUUUUUACCUAAAAUAAAACUUCUAUAAUUCCUUUAAAAAUGAGGAUGUUGCUUUAUAUGAAGUGAUACUUCUCCAACUUAAAAGUGCCUACAGUUCCUCUAAGGUUGCUUAUGAUAACAAGGGGUGAGUAAUGCUACUCAACUAUAAAUGGAAAAUUUUCUUCAAGUCUGUGUAGUGUUUCCUGUUAGGUUUCUGUCAUUUACUGCCCUUUCUUUAGUACCUUAGCCAGUAUGUACCUUAACGAGCUAAUUUUGGUCAGCUGAAGACAACCCCAUUGAUUCUGUUACUGUAAAUCUUCAUUUCUCUUUUGUUCUCUUCGGUGACGUAGCUGUUCUGAUUUUGGAUCUUAUGAUUGAGGCACUUCUCAGAGUUAUAUUUUCAGCACAUCGGUCAAUUACUACUUUUCAUUACGUUUUAUCAAUGCCUUUCUCUCUUCUGCCACGAGUUCCCAUAUUCGUCUAACUAGAGGUACGUAUAGAACUGUGUGCAGAGACCCAGUUGCUUUUGAUUUUGGGAAAAUUCAAAUAAUUUAGUUCCUAUCAGCUGAGAUUCAAUAACUAACCUUUGGGAUUCUGCUGGCUUAUCCCAUUUGGUCCUAUAGUGAAUUAGAAUGCUGAGCUGAUCAAGAGUGUUUUGACAUGUUUUCUCUCUAUGCAGAUAUCCUUAAGAAGCCCCUUUUCACUAAUGUCAAACUGAUAAUGUUGUGAAAGUUGCUAUUUUUUGGGCUCUUUGGUCUAGAAAGAAAUAUGACCUCAUGGAAGUCAGAGUUAAGCUUAAUCUUUCUCUUGGAGCUGUUCAGCUCCCAGACAAGCUGUAUAAAUUGCAUAAUGUAAGGUUAGUUUUCUUCAACUCAGGAGAUACUUCUGUGUGAUAUUCUACAUACAGAGUAAAUGUAAUGUUCUUUUCUGCAUAUUUAGGGAGGAAACGAGAAUUUGCUUUCUGUGAACUGCAGUUCUGAAGAAUCAAAUUUGUUGAAACAACACUUACUAUGACUUUGUAGUUGAGAUAAAAUAAGCCAGGUUUCAAGAUACUGAUGGCAGAUUCAUCCAGUGAUUCAGACAACUUUUUUAGGGCUCGAAUUGGAAGGUGGCCGCCUCUGAGGAGGGCAUCCCACAACAGAGCUCGGAACUAUGGUGCUGAAGAAGUUACAGAGAAGAUUCAUACGUUAGCAAGCACUUUACAGGAUACCAACAGAAACCUGAGACAUGUUGACCAUUUGCUGGGGCAAUACAGAGAAUACAACAAGGAGCAAACAGAAGCAAUAGCAAUUUUAAAAGAAACACUGGAACAGUCUAUAGGUCAGUUAAAAAGUCAACGACUAGCCCAAAACUCUGGAAUGAGAAGUGCUUCUCUCUCAAGCUUAUACCCUAGUGAUCUGGAUGGAGAAACACUGUCAGGGACCCGCCACUUUAUGCCUACUUCUCCUCUCAGGGAUUAUGGAGACUCACAGGGCAAUAGACAUCGAAGGUCUAGAUCUGCAAGUGUUCGAUUUGUCAACGAGGCUGAUAAUUUGAAUCAGCUGCAUUCUUUCCACCAGUCUCUUCGUGAUCUCAGUAGUGAACAAAUUCGUCUAGGAGAUGACAUCAGUCGGGAGCUUUCAAGAAGAAAUAGGACUGAUGCAGAAAUGAGAGAGACUCUAGCAGAAUUGUCUGAAAAACUCACCCAGUCCCAAAGACAAGAAACGGUAUCAGCACGAGUAGAGAGAAGACUUCAGGAGAUAGAACAAGAAAUGCGUGCUGAAAGACAGCUUGUAGAAAGGCGCCAGGACCAACUGGGAGAGAUGUCUGUUCAAUUACAAGAGGCUUUAAAGAAACAAGAUGUUAAAGCAACUGAAACAGAAGAAUUUGUGAAAAAUAAACUUGCAAAAUAUGAAAGUGAAAAGAAACAACUUGAGCAAGAAUUGGAGCAGUCCCGGAAAAAGCUGAAUCAAUCAGAAAGCAAUAGAGAAGCUCUUUUGCAUCAGAUUGAAGAUCUUCGUUCCCAACUUCUGAGAGCAGAAGAAGAUCGUGCAGAGUUGCAGCGUCAAAUUUCGCAUGUGGUUAUGCGCCAUCAGAGCUCCCAGGAUGUACAAGAAGAUGAAAGGAGAAUUAGAACAGUAGCUGAAAGAUAUGAGAGAGAAAAGCAAGAACUGGAGAAACAUAUUUUGGAGCUUAAAGCAAAGCUGACCCAUAACACAGCAAUGUCAGAGGUAGAAGAGCUAAAGAGACGCAUAGAGCAUAAAGACAAGGAGAAAGCACAGCUUUUAUUGCACAUAAAGGCAUUAACGUCUGACCUGGAAAACAGGGAGAAGCAGCAGCAAAAAAUGCUAGACCAGCUAAAAGAGAUGCAGAGUUGCUACAAGGCUAGCGAGAAUGGGCGUAGGCAAACUGAACUCCAGUCUGCACAGUUAGCUCAUCAAGUCGAAGAGAGUACCAAGGAAGCAGAACGGUACCUUACUGAAUUCAAGCAUUCAGAGGCACUCAGACUGGAGAAUGAGAAAAGAAGAGAAGAUUUGAAGGUGAGAGCACAGGAAACCAUCCGACAGUGGAAACUGAAGUGUAAGAAACUGGAUCGUGAGGUGGAAAAACAAAAUGAAGCUAUCAGUGAACUGAUGGACAAAAAUAAUCAGGUCCUCAAGGAAAAAGAUGACCUUAGAAAUCAACUUCUCUCUGCUAUACACCAAAUAGAAAACCUUCGGAAAGAGUUGGAUGAUGUGCUUACAAAAAGAGCCCAGCAGGAAGAACAACUUCAUUGCAAAGAGGUAAAACUAAAUGAAAUGAAGUCUCAACAGAUAUCUCUGGAAGAAGAAAUAAAAGAAGUUAAAGGUACUGUAAAUAAAUUAGAGAAUGAGUUGAAAAAGCAAAUCUUUCUACGAAAUCAGAUGCAAGCUGAAAAGGAACAUUUGGAGCAAGAACUUGCAACUAGUAACUCAAUUCAUGAAAAAGACCAGGAAAGACUCUUAGAAAUGCAAGCAGAUGUAAAAAGUCUGAGUUCUGUACGUGUGGAGCUAACAAACAGAAUAGCAGAAGAAGAAAAAAUCAAAAAGGAAUUACAUAAGAGCCUCUCAGAUCUCCAGAAACAUCAAGAAUCUAAGCAUGAAGAGAUGAAUUCAGCUAAUAGGCAAUUGAAGAUGGAAAGAGAAGUUCACCAACAGGAGUUAGCAGACCUUCGAUCGGAGUUACAUAAUGCUAAAAUCAAACAUGAACGAAACAUUCAAGAGCUUACAAAACUCCUUAAACAAGAAAAGGAUGAUGCAGAUGCUCAGAUUAGAAUACUAAAGAUGGAACUAGUAGAAGAGAAGAGCUUAGUCAAGACUCAGUGUCAACAACUGGAGAAGAUAAAAAUAGAAUGUGAUAAAUUGACAGAAGAAUUAACCCAAUGUGGAGAAGAAAACGCAAAACUCAGGCAAAAAUUUCAGUUUGUAAAACAAGAAUUGGAAAAAAAGGAUAAACAGAUCAGUGAUGAAGAAGAUCAUUUGAGAAGGAUGGACAAGGCGAGACUGCAGUUUAAGGUUCAGCUGCAUCAUUUAGAAAUGGAAAAGGAAUCCAUUCUCACCAUGAUAGGAACUGAAAUUGAUGCUGCUUGUGAAAUUUUUUCUCGGGACUCCAUGGAGAAAUUCAAAGCAAUAUCACUUACACCAACAGUGCUGAAUGAUCCUCAUCGCUGGUUAGCAGAGACAAAGACUAAGCUGCAGUGGCUGUGUGAGGAAGUGAAGGAGAGAGAAAGUAAGGAAAAAAAGCUGCGACGCUACUUACUGCAGAGCCAACAACAUCUCGAGCACUUUACACAGCUGAAGGAGUCUGAACAUCAGUCUCUCUUUAAACAGAUAAAAAAGCAAGAACAACUUUUGGAGGAAGUUCACAGAGAGAAGAGAGAGCUACUAGAGAAGUUGCUCAGAAGAGAGGAAGAAAUGAGAGCUCUCCAGGAACGAAUUAUGUCCUUAGAAAUGAGUACUCGAGUAGCUUUAGAUCAUCUGGAGUCUGUUCCUGAGAAACUGAGCCUCUUAGAAGACUUCAAAGAUAAUGGAGAGUCCCUUUGCAGGAGGGAGAUGAUUGAGGAGAGGUAUACAAAGUAUAAAGAAAUAGUGACUUCUCUACAGCAGCAGCUGGAAGGUUCAAAACAAAGAGCCCAACAAUUCAAGGAUGUGGAAAUGGAUGCUGAAAUUGCUGGUAUACACGUGGCUGCUUCCUCUUCUAGUUGGCGAACUCAAAACAACUUUUUGUCCAGCUCACUGCUCUCUGAUUCUAGUUCACAUAUGCAAAGGAUAGUUCCUUUUGAUACAAGUGCCACCAAGGAAGAUUCCAUUAAUGUUGCCAUCAAUGAAAUGAAGCUGCAAGGAGAAAGAGGGAAGCAGUAGAACAUUUUACAAAAACUCAGAAGAUUUUUUGAACUGUGGUGAUUCCAUCUGCUGUAGGAGGAAACAUCCUUAAUGAUUCAGUGAUUGCCAAACACUUAAAUGAAUAGCCCCGGAAGAGACUCUGAUCAGCUCCUGUAACCUGUGCACCAAAGGUUUUCUGAGACUACGAUGUUCUCACAUUUUUUUUCUGCAGUUCUAGACGAAAUUUACUGCAUCCCAGAAAUAUUGUGAAUUUAAAGAACUCUGACAUUACUCUUUGAUAUGAGCUUAUUUACCCAUGGACAGGAAUUGUGUUGACAUGUGUUAUUUAAAAAGAUUUAAUAAUAUUAAUAAUCAAAAAUAUUCAUUAAAAAUGUUUUUCCUAAUAUUUAUUUGAGUCAUUAUACAGUGUUACAAAGCACAUUCAUGACUUUAAGUACUUGACUUUGCAGCUAUCAAUUAAGAAAGAAGCAAUAAAUAUUAAAAUCUAA